AUGGCAUCGGCUGCGCACAUCACCAUCCCGCUGCCGCUCCUGCCCGAGGGCUGGAGCGCCGAAAAGGACUUCAAGGCCAUUGGCCAGCUGUCGGGCGCCACGCAGCGCAGCAUCGAGCCCGUCGGCCCUCACUUCCUCGCCCACGCCCGCCGCUCCCGCAACAACCGCACCUUUUCCGAGGACGACCGCAUCCAGGCGCAGGAGAACGCCAAGAAGAUUGAGGAUGGCGACGAAAGCGACGUCAGCGAGCCCGAGGACCCCAUGAUGCUGCAGUCGCAGGCCAAGGACUGGAAGUCCCAGGACCACUACAAGAUCCUCGGCAUCUCCAAGUACCGCUGGAAGGCCACCGAGGACCAGAUCAAAAAGGCCCACCGCAAGAAGGUGCUCAAGCACCACCCCGACAAGAAGGCCGCCCAGGGCGCCACCGAGGACGACCAGUUCUUCAAGUGCAUCCAGAAGGCGACCGAGGUGCUGCUCGACCCCGCCAAGCGCCGCCAGUACGACUCGGUCGACGAGGAGGCCGACGUCGAGCCGCCGACCAAGAAGCAGCUGCAAAAGGGCGACUACUACAAGCUGUGGUCCAAGGUGUUCAAGUCGGAGGCGCGCUUCUCCAAGACGCACCCCGUCCCGACGUUUGGCGACGUCAACUCGACCAAGGAGCACGUCGAGGACUUUUACAACUUUUGGUACAACUUUGACAGCUGGCGCACCUUUGAGUACCUCGACGAGGACGUGCCCGACGACAACGAGAACCGCGACCAGAAGCGCCACGUCGAGCGCAAGAACACCAACGCCCGCAAGAAGAAGAAGGCCGAGGACAACGCCCGCCUGCGCAAGCUGCUCGACGACGCGUCCGCCGGCGACGAGCGCAUCAAGCGCUUCCGCCAGGAGGCCAACGCCGCCAAGAACAAGAAGCGCCUCGACAAGGAGGCCGCCGAGAAGCGCGCCGCCGAGGAGGCCCAGGCCAAGAAGGAGGCCGACGAGAAGGCCGCCAAGGAGGCCGAGGAAAGGGCCAAGACGGACCGCGACGCCGCGAAGAAGGCCAAGGAGGCGGCCAAGAACGCCGUCAAGAAGAACAAGCGCGUCCUCAAGGGCUCCGUCAAGGACGCAAACUACUUUACCGGCGGUGACGCCUCGGCCGCCCAGAUCGACGCCGUCCUCAACGACGUCGAGCUCGUCCAGGGCAAGAUCGACCCCGACGAGAUUGCCGCCCUCGCCGGCAAGCUCAACGGCCUGACGGUCGCCGAUGAGAUCAAGGGCGUCUGGGCCGGUGAGGUCAAGCGCCUGGUCGACGCGGGCAAGCUCAAGGACGGCGAGGCCAAGACGCUGGCUUAG